CUAAUUAUUAGUAAAAUGUAAUAUAAAAAGAAUAAGAGGAAAAGGUUAACUUGUCUUUCUUAUUUCUAGCUUGUUGAGUAUUUACAAUCUUAAUAAUUUUGUAAAUAGUACUAAUUACGACGAAAAAAUGGCAGAAGCUAUGAAGCAAACUGUAGCUUUUAUGUUAAAAGGUAUAGAAAGAUAUAAUCCAGAUAAUUUACCAACUUUGGAACGUUACGUAGAAGUUCAAUCGCGAGAAAAUUCGUACGAUUUGGAAGCGAAUUUAGCUGUACUCAAAUUAUAUCAAUUUAAUCCUCUAAGCUUCAAUAUUGAUAUAACUUGCCAGAUUUUGUUGAAAGCAUUGACGAAUUUGCCACAUACAGAUUUUAUUCUUUGCAAAUGUCUUCUCUAUGAUAAACAAUUGUCUCAAGAACCAAUCAAUCAAAUUGUAUAUCUAGCAGAUAUAUUGGAACAGUGUGAUUUCCAACGUUUCUGGACAAGAAUCCAUACAUUACCUGAUUUAUUCCAAAAUAUCACUGGUUUUGUGGAUUCUAUUAGAAAAUUUGUUUGCCACGUAGUUGGAAUUACCUACCAAACGAUUGAGAGAUCUCAUUUGGCACAGCUCCUUGGUGACGUUGACGACAGUACCCUCAAGUUAUGGGUGAAGAAAUAUGGAUGGAAAGAGAUGUCUGGGAACUUGAUUUUCAUUGCUAACCAAGACGAAAAUAUUAAAACCAAAAAUAUAAAUGAAAAAAUUGAUUUUGAGAAUGUGGGAGCUAUUAUGGCGUCAUGUCGUUAAAAUAUAAUAAAAAAUUUUGUAAUGAA